AUGGCCAACAAACACCCCAUCAAGACCACCACAAACACCAACAACACCUCCAAUCUCCCUUCAAUGCCACCUGCACACACCUUCGACAUCCUCCCCGCGCUUCACGAACUCCUUGCGCGAGUGGAACAAGGCCCCGCAGCCACUGACCUCUUUCCAACUCUCGACGAUUCGACCUCGGAAUCAGACAUUGGAUCGCAUUAUCCCCCAGACACUCUCGUCCCUCUUGCGCCCAAAGAUCUGCCCGAGGAGGUGCUCAAAUCCAUCAAACCUAGAAUUCGUGCGGCGGUGAGGGCCGUCGAGGCGUUGCCGGAUGUGGACAGGACGAUUGAGGAGCAGGAGGAGGAAAUUCGCAUGUUGGAGGAAAAGGUGAGGAAGCAGAGGGGCAUGUUGAGGGACUUGGGCCAGUUGGCAGAAGGGAUGCAGGGGAAAGUGACUUCUUGA